UGUAUCUCCGUCGCUUAAACUUGACUCUGUCCCUAAGUCAAGGGAAGAGGCAGAUUACCAGAUGAAAUUGUUUAAGUUAUGAAGAACGCUUGCCUGUGGGUUUUCCCCCUAAAAAGGCUUGUUGUGCUUUGCUGCCUGUGGAUUUCUACAGUUUACUGUGCUUUCUCAAGGAACUGUCAAAACUUAUGUGCAAGUAACCUGGAAGGAGAACUUGGAAUUACUAACCUUUGCAAUGUUAGUGACAUCACUGGAGCGUGUACACAGGGAUGUCAGUUUUGGAAUGCAACCAUGCAAACUGACUGUCCACUGAAAUGUAAUGAGACAUACACUAGAACAUGUGAGACAGUUUCCUGUAAGUUUGGCUGUAGCUGUGCAGAGGAUGCAUAUGGAGUUGAAGCACUAAGCUACUUGAACAAACCUAGUGCUCCAUUUGCAUCUGCCAUUGGAAACCACAGUGUCACAUUAGGGUGGAAGGCAGCUAACAUCUCUGGGGUGAAAUAUGUUAUCCAGUGGAAGUUCAACAAGCUCCCUGGUGACUGGAGGUACACAGAGGUAGUAUCUGAAACUUCAUAUACCGUCAAAGACCUUCAGGCCUUCACAGAAUAUGUGUUUCAAGUGGUUUGGAUCAUUACAUCUCAGCUGCAGCUCCAUUCUCCACCUAGCCCCAGCUACCGGACACAUGCUUGUGGAGUUCCUGCAACAGCUCCUGUCAUUAAAGACAUUCAGAGUUCAAGCCCAAACACUGUUGAAGUUAGUUGGUCUCCACCACUCUUUCCGAAUGGAUUGAUUAUUGGAUAUAACUUGCUCCUGACCAGUGAGAAUCAUGAACUGCUGAGAGCCUCAAGAAGGCACAGCUUUCAGUUCUACUCCACCUUCCCAAACACCACUUACAGGUUCAGUAUUGUGGCAGUUAAUGAGGUCGGCGCUGGACCCCCUGCUGAAGCCAACAUCACAACCCCAGCAUCCAAAGUUAAGGAAAAAGCAGCAUGGCUCUUCCUAUCCAGAAAAGAGUCUUUAAGGAAGAGAUACACAGGACAUUUCCUCGAAGCUGCUCAGUGCCUGCCAAAUGGUGCUAUACAACACAACAUCACAGGUAUUUCUGUGAAUAUUUAUCAGCAAGUUGUCUAUUUUUCUGAGGGGAAUUCUAUCUGGGUGAAAGGAGUUGCAAAUAUGUCUGAUGUAUCUGACCUAAUGCUCUUUUAUGCUGGCUGGGGGAAUAUUGUGUCCAUCUCAGUAGACUGGCUUUACCAGAGGAUAUAUUUUGUCAUGAAUGAAAAGAUACAUGUGUGCCACUUAGAGAACUGCACGGUAGCUGAAGACAUCACUCCUCUUUAUGUGACAUCCCCUAGGAAGAUUAUAGCUGAUCCCUAUAAUGGUUAUAUCUUCUGUCUCCUGGAGGAUGGCAUAUACAGAGCAAACCUUCCUCUCUUUCCUGGCACUGCCUCUGCAGCUUCACUGGUGGUGAGAUCCAGUGCUCUGAGAACCUUCACGAUUGACUUCCAAUCUAAGAGACUCAUUUUCUUCAACAAAACAGAACAGGCCUUUGUGUCAGGUUUUCUUGAUGGUUCAGAGUUUCACACACUGAGAUCACACGUGCCAUUUAAUGACAUGGAGAGCUUCAUUUAUAAGGACAACACAUUUACAGUCACAGAUGGCUCGGCAGUUUUCCAUGAGGAGGUCUCUCCAGUGGGAAGUUCUAGCUUCAAUGAGUACAUUGUAGACUGCAAUUUGGUGUACCCAGAGUAUUUUGGCAUUGGCAACUUGGUUUUCUAUGGGCCAUCAACUCAGCCUUUUCCUUUACCAACUGCUCCUCACUUUGUCAUGGCUCUAUUUGGAUUGGACCGAGCUGUGAUCAGCUGGAGACCACCUGAACACACCAUUGGAACCAGUUUAUCUGCUUGGCAGAACUGGACCUAUGAUGUGAAAGUGUCACCUCAGCACCCAUUUGAGGAGGAAUGGGUUGUCUCAAAUGUUAGUAACACAAAUCUUACAGUGAAGGAGCUGGCCAGCUUCACAGCAUACGAGGUGUCAGUCAGAGCUGUGUCUCCUGCUGGUGCAGGGCCAUGGUCAGAGUCAUUUAGAGGUACAACUUUAGAAGAAGCUGAAGAAGAACCAUAUAUACUGGCUGUGGGCCCUGAGGGUCUCUGGAAGCAGCGAUUGGACAGCUACAGGCAAGGAGAACUCCUCUAUCCUCAUAUAAGAAAUGUUUCAGACCUCGACUGGUAUAAUAACACUCUUUAUUGGAUUAAUUCCAUGGGGGAAGUUCAGACCUGGACAUUGAACAAAAGAAAGGCUACCAAUGAGGACACUUAUGUAUCUGACGUCAGAAAUGCAAGGAUGUUGGCCUUUGAUUGGUUGGGUCAAUGCUUGUAUUGGGCUGGCAAAGCAAAUACAAUCUACAGAAAAUCACUGUGGGGAGGCCAUAUAGAUGUUGUAGCUCAUGUUGUGUUCCCAGUGAAGGAUCUAGUUGUGGAUUCAGUAAAUGGCUAUUUGUACUGGGCCACGAUGUAUUCAGUGGAGAGCACAAGAUUGAAUGGAGAGGAGUACCUCAUGUUACAAGAGCAGCUACAGUUUUCUGGUAAACAGGUGGUUGGUAUAACUUUGGAUCUCACCUAUGGUUUUCUUUACUGGCUUGUGCGAGACAGUCUAUAUUUAAACCUGUACAGAGCUUCUCUCUGCAAAGAAGGUUGUAGUAAUGCCAUCAUCACGGAAUUUGCAGCAUGGAGUACUUCAGAAAUAUCCCAAGGUACACUGGAAUACUACAGUGGUCGCCUGUUCUGGAUUAAUAGGCUUCAGUUCAUUACAGUCCAGGAAGUCAAUCAGAGCCUUAGCAUUCCCUUCUCACAACCAGCACAGUUUACAGCCUUUACCCUUGUUCAGGCAUCACUUAAACCUUUGCCAGGAAAUUUUACUUCUACACCAAAAGUGAUUCCGGAUUCAGUGCCAGAGUCUUCUUUCAGAGUUAAAGGAAAUUCCACAAGCUUCCACAUCACUUGGAGUCCAUCCACAAAGGUGGAAUGGGGAACUGUCUUUUACUGCGUGGGAUCAAAAGCUCUACAACCUCUGGAGAGUGAAGGAUGCCUUCCCCCCCAUAAUCUGACAGUGCCAUCCUACCGAGUGGAUUGGCUGGAACCAUUUGCACUCUUUGAUUUUACUGUCACUCCGUACACAUACUGGGGCAAGGCACCAAUGACAUCUGUAUCCCUUCGGGCCCCUGAAGGAGUUCCUUCAGCCCCUAGGAACCCUAGAAUAUAUGUGUUACAAAAUAACCUACAUGGAAGUGAUGGGAAAGUCCUCGUGGAGUUCAGGUGGGACAGACCUGAAAGGGAUAAUGGAAUAUUAUUGCAGUUCAGAGUUUACUAUCAGCUAGUGAAUCAGAGCAGUACUGCUGGCACUUUCAUGGAGUGGAUAGAAAGCAAUGUUAAACCCACCCAGAUGCAGUUUUCUCUCAAGGAUGUGCUUCCCAACCUCACAGUAAGGUUUCAGGUGCAGGCCUUCACCUCUGUAGGUCCAGGACCUUUGUCUGAUAUGGCAGAGAGGAAUUCAUCAGAUCUUUUCCCUGUCCCAACUCUAAUAACUAUUUCUGCCAGCAAGUUGUUUCUUACUGACAUAGACAGUGGUCAUACCAUCUGGGAACUUUCAGCCAAGACGAAUGUAAAGGACAUCUGUUAUACUGCUAACGAUGACAAAGCAUACCAUAUCACUGAAGAUUCUCUUUUUAUUCUCGAUAUACAGAAUGCUUCAAUGUUUCAGUUUUUCAAAGAUGCACAUCUUCACAAUGUCACAGCCAUCACAGUUGACUGGAUUGCAAGGCAUCUCUUUGUUGCCCUGAAAACACCACAGAAUGAAACUCAAAUAUUUUUCAUUGAUCUUGAGCUCAAAAAAAAAUCUCUAAAAGCCUUGAACAAGCAGCUCAGCAAAAGUAAUUCAACUGUAUCAUCUCUGUUGUCAUAUCCUUUCUUAAGCCGCUUGUACUGGAUGGAAGAGUUUGAUAAUGGCAGCCACGUGUUUUAUUAUGAUAUUCUGAACAACACUGUGCACCACAUCUUGGGACAUGGAUUAAUAGAAAAACAGAGGAGGAACUACUGCACCUGUAAUGUCACAGAAGCAGAGCUGGGAAAACCUAUGAGUAUAGAUCUGUCUGACUCCAAAAAUCCCCAGCUGCUUUUCAUCAGAGGAAGAGAUGAAAUAUGGGCCUCAGAUGUGCAUGGCUGCCACUGCUGGAGAACCAUCAGAAUACCAAGUAUUCAAGGUAAUAAAAUUGGCAGCUUGACUGCAGAUAAGAAAUUUAUAUUCUGGACCACUGAAACAAAGGAAUACACUGAAAUUUGGCUAACAGAUAAAGAAAGCAGAAGACACUUUCUUCACAAGAGAGCAAACCACAUGCUGAAAAUCUUAGCUUACAGCUCAGCAGCACAAUUGUAUCCAGAUAAAAGAUGCCUGAUUCUCUUGCCAGACACUGAGAAACCUACUAUCCUUGCUACAACUAACACCAGUUUUAUAUUAAGCUUGCCAUCUGUCACACCACAGCAGCUCUGCCCUGGCAUAUCCCAGCCCACACCGACAUACCUGGUAUUUUCCAGACAAAUGACAAACAUCUGCAGGAACUCAAGACAAUGUUUGUCUGCUCCACAGCAAACAAUACUGGAAUAUCAGGGUCCUAUUGCUGUCUUAGAGAACCUACAGCCAUUUUCAAGUUAUGCCAUACAAGUUGCAGUGAAAAACUACUAUUCAGAUGAGGAAGUGCUGCCUGUGGGAGAAGGCACAGUUGGCACAACUCAGUAUGGAGUACCAGAGGCAGUUAACACUAUUAAAACAUUAGUUUUGUCUGACACUACCAUCAACAUAUCCUGGAGUGAACCUCUGAAGCCAAAUGGACCUCUUGAAUCCAUCCGUUAUCAAAUCUCUGUCAAUUUAUUGCCUCCUGUCCCAGUGACACCUUUGCGAAAAAGGGAAUUUUCAAAUGGGAUGCUUGCCUGGUCUGUCAGUGGGCUCCAGCCUGGAACAAAUAAUUCAUUCAAGGUUCUUGCUUUUCAUCCUGAUGAGAACUGGUUUUCUGAAAGUGUCCCUGUCAUUGCAAAAACUUUUGAGACUCCAGCUGCACCUAUCAACAUAGUCCCCAGAAACACCAGUUUCCAGCUAGAAUGGAGAGCUCCUCUGCACAUCAGUGAAACCAGCUUCUGGUUUGAGCUUCAUAAGUGGCCAACAAAAAGUGACUGGUUUUCUCCUGCAAACACUACAUGCAUAGGAAAUCUUGUUUACAAAUGCAACCUCACAGGAACUCUUCCUUGGACCAACUACUUUGUAAGAGUAACAGUAGUUUACAUUACAGGAGUGAAAAGCACUUCCUCUUCAACAAGCUUUAAAACUACAGCUGGUGUUCCCAGUAAGCCAGGAGUUCCUAAAAGAGCCGAAGACUCCAAAAACUCCCUACAGUGGGAAAAGGCUGAUGACAAUGGAAGCAAACUGACAUACUACAUCUUAGAGAGCAGGAAACAGUCUGGCAACAGCAGCGAUGUGAAGUCCAUGUGGGAGGUGGUUUACAAUGGCUCCUGUGGCAGUAUUUGCACAUGGAAGGCCAAGAACUUGGAAGGAACUUUCCAGUUCAGAGCAGCAGCUGCAAAUGUGCUGGGACUUGGUGAAUACAGUGAUGUUAGCAUGGAUAUAAUUUUGAGUGAAGAUAAAAUGAUGCCUAUGGGCACCAUCAUUGCCAUUGCUUCUGUGGCUGGAGUUGUUGUGCUGUGUUUGGCUGUGGUCACACUCUUCAGUUUUGUAUGGAAACAAAGAUUGAAAUCCAGAAAACCGGCCUUGCCUGGACAGAUAGUGUUUAUCAAGGAAGAUAAAGAACUAGCUCAACUCAGGGGGAUGACUGAGACAGUGGGACUAGCCAAUGCCUGUUAUGCCAUACGCACUCUUCCUUCUCAAGCAGAGAUUGAAUCACUGCCAGCUUUCCCUCGGGACAAACUCAAUUUACACAAAUUGCUAGGAAGUGGAGCAUUUGGAGAGGUGUAUGAAGGGACUGCAGUAGAUAUCCUGGCAGAUGGAAGUGGAGAAUCCAAAGUAGCAGUCAAGACUUUGAAGAGUGGUGCGACAGACCAUGAGAAGAGCGAAUUCUUGAAGGAGGCACACUUAAUGAGCAAAUUUGAUCAUCCCCACAUUCUGAAGUUACUUGGUGUGUGUCUGUUAAAUGAACCUCAGUAUCUUAUACUGGAGCUGAUGGAAGGAGGGGAUCUACUUAGCUAUUUACGAGGAGCCAGAAAGAAAAAGCUCCAGAGCCCUUUACUGAGUGUCACUGACCUCUUGGAUAUAUGUUUGGAUGUUUGCAAAGGCUGCGUCUAUUUAGAGAAAAUGCAUUUUAUACACAGGGACUUGGCUGCUCGCAACUGCCUUGUGUCUGAGAAGGAAUAUGGGCGUUCAUCCCGGAUAGUAAAGAUUGGUGAUUUUGGACUUGCCAGAGAUGUCUAUAAAAAUGAUUAUUACAGAAAAAGAGGAGAAGGUCUACUCCCUGUCAGAUGGAUGGCUCCUGAAAGCCUUAUUGAUGGUGUCUUUACGAGUCGCUCUGAUGUCUGGGCUUUUGGAGUACUAGUAUGGGAAACAUUGACUUUGGGUCAACAGCCAUAUCCAGGUUUCUCCAACACAGAAGUUUUACACCAUGUACGAUCAGGAGGAAGGCUGGAAUCUCCAAGCAAUUGUCCUGAUGACCUAUGUGAUUUAAUGACAAGAUGCUGGUCCCAAGAACCUCACAAUAGACCUACUUUCUCUUGUAUUCAUGACAAACUGCAAGAGAUAAGACACUCUCCACUGUCCUUCAUCUGCUGCCCUGAAAACAGAGAGGCAUCAGCUGGAGUCAUCAAUGAAGCUUUUGAAGAUAAUGAUAUCCCAUGUGCAGAUUCAGACAGCAUUCUUUCAGCCACACUAAUGGAAACAAGGAAUCAAGAGGGCUUAAAUUAUUUGGUAAUAGUUAAAGAAGGUAACCCAGAUGAAGAAAGCAUCAAUUCUGCUGAAAUUAGUUAAGUCUGGUUACCACUGUUUAAGAGACUGAAGGAAAAAGAAAAAUCUCUUCAAAGAAGACAUAAUCCAAGGAAAAUAUUCUGCAUAUCAUCAUACUUACAGAGGUGUCUGAAAAAAAAACCAAACAAACGCCAAUCAAUUCUUUAAUAAAACUACCUGAAAACAUAACAAGGUGCUGAAUGGUGUGUAUCAGAAUAAGACAGCAAUUACAUAGCCUUUGAUUUUCUAUAUGUCAUGGUUUGGGUGCUUCACAAGAGAUAGUUUAAAGCACAAAAACUUGUAUCAGACAGUAAGGGAUUUUACUCUGGUAUUAAGUUUAUGCACUCACAUAUGCCUCAGCCACAAGAAAGCCCUUCCAAAAAGGGAGUACUGGUAUGCUGCUUUAAAGAACAGACCAUCUUGUUUGUGAAUAAAACCAAACAGUUGAAGUCUAGCUUCACUGUGCACAAACAGGAUUUUACAAGCUGAGGAAAACAACAUAAAUACCAAACUCCAAAUCAGAAAGCAGCUGAAGAAGGGUGACCAGGUUGUCCACUGCUGCAGGUGGUCUGUUUCCCUAAUAAAUUUAAACAAAUGUUUGCAAUCAUCUUGCAUAUUAAGUUGCAUAGCAAUUCAUCCAUCUGACAGUCUGCACAGUCUUGUUUUCUUACAUUUCUUCUCCUUUCCGUUUUGAGUGUUCAUCAUCCUUGUUUAUUUUUUAUCGUACUGGGUGAAAGGAGGUAAUCUUCCUUGGAGUAUUUGGAGAUCAACUCAAAGUAUAUAAUAAAAUUUCAUACAAUUAAUCAUUGAAUAAAAGUCAGCAAUAAGCUUUUUCUAACCUUUCAUCAUGAGCAGUAGUUUGCAAAUUAUACAGAGCUAUUCACUGACAUAUUUCAGGAAGCUAGAAACAUGCUAUAAUUUUAUGCAAAUAUUUUAUAAUGGGGCACACUGGAGAGUAGUAAAGGUUCCAUCUGAUGUCAGAAUGUAUACAUUUGUAAGAAGCAACUUCACUGCAAUCAAAUUUCAAAAGUUUCUUAAA